AUGACUACCGUUAUUAUUAUCACAUUAUUUUUAUUUUGUAUAAUUAUUGAGAAUAAUUACUAAGUUUACUGUAAUUUUAAUUUUAAUUUAUUAUCUUUUAGAAGUUAUACCAAAUAUAAAUGAAAUUAAUAAAAUAAUCUUGCAGUGCGUACAAUUAUUUAUUUAACCAACCGUAUCGUAUAAAUAUUUAGUACCUACAGACAAUUCCUUGAAAAAUGUGUUUUUAAGUAAUUUUCUAACAUUUACAUAAUUUGUAUUGUAUUGUUUAAGAUAAAUUAAUAAAUAUGUCAUCUUUAAAUAAUGUUUAUUUAUUUUAGCAUCUAAUCUAUCAACAGAUCAAUUAGAUUUAAGCAAAGAUAAAAUAAAGACUCCUAAAUCUAAAGACAUGCACUUACCUAUAUCUAGAGUUAGAACAAUUAUGAAAAGUACUCCGGAUAUUGAAAAUAUUGGACUUCCUUCUUUACAUGUUGUUACUAAAGCUACAGAGUUAUUUAUUCAGAAAUUAGCACUAGAUGCAUUGAGAGGCCAGAGAACACAAAAAAAUCUAGAAUACAAUGAUCUUGCUAGGGCUGUAGAAGAAAAUGAAAACAUGUAUUUUUUACGUGAAGUAUUACCAAAAAAAAUUACUAUGGCAGAAUACUAUAAAUUAGUUGGUAAAGAGUCAUCUGAAGAGGGCGAUGAUAAUGAUAAUAGUUCACAAACAUCUCAUUCUUCUUCAUCAACAUCACUUUCAUCAGAAAACUAAUAAAUUACUUUAAAUAACAUUGUAUUGUAAUAUGAAGUGUUCUUUAUUAUUGUAAUAUAAAACUGUUUUUUAACUUCAUCUAUUUACAAUAUUAAAUACAAACUCAAUUAAUUA